AUGCUGAAGAUCCUAACCAAAAAGCUCAGGGACCAGAGUUUGAAUGAGAUCCAGCCUUUCCAGCUAAAGAUCUCCUACCCCCCAAGUGAUGAGGACAGCGAUGACUCUGAGGGAGAGAACCAGGAGCUUGCUCAGAUCGACAGAGAGAGAAGACGGAAUUGCACACUGACCCCUCUUGCGACCAAUCAGCUCCAGAACCAGGAGAAUCAAUGCUGUAAGGUCCGGGCCCUUUUCCAUGCUAGCUUGGAUCGCCACAGCUCGGAAGAGGAAUUGGAGCGCAUCAACCGAGAGUUUGCCACCGAGAAGCGGAAGUGGUCUCAGGUCAGCAGGCUUUCUUGCUGUGGUGACAGCAACAACACGUCCUCCAGUGACGAGGAAGUGAAGAACUUGUGCGGCAUGUCCUUCCGGCCCGUGGUGGAACAAGGCGAUGGUCUGCAUGCUAGCCCCAGCCCAGUGCUGUUCAGUGCCUCCCCUCCUAAGAGACUCCAGCCCUUGGUGCGGAACCCAACCUCCAGGCCUCUGAUAUUCACAAGUGUUGGGGCCGGCUUUGAGCAAGUCAUGCCUUGUAAGAGACACCGGCAAGGCUACGGGGACAAGGUCAGCAGACCCAGCCUUGACCUGGAAAAAAUGCAGCAGAAGAUGCUGCUCAAGAAGAACUGUGGCGCAAAAACAAGAGUUAUUAAAAUUCGUAGUGUGAACGGGAGCCGCCCACCAUCCCACUUGGUGUACGACCCAUCAACCUUUGCCUUCCGUUCCCUCAGCACCUUGAAGCCCCUGAGCCCAAUAGCUCCAGUUGAAGAACCGUCAUGUGCCUACUGA